CAGCGACUAAUAAACGUCGACCAUGUUGUUAAGAAGCACAACAAAAGACGAGUGGAUUUAAGAGAAUUCAGUCCGUUUUGAAGACAGUGUCGAUAUUGACGAGAUUAAACUGAUUUAUAGAGAAGAACCCAUCAGCAGGGUCUGUUUGAUGACCAAACUGAAAAAGAGACACUUCCAUACACGCUAAAAAGCAGGAGCUGGACGCUGGAGGUGCUGUAUGCAAACCAUAUAGUCGUCUUUCCCUUUCGUUAAGACGUCUGUCUCCGGGGAUUACUGCUUUAUGCUGGAUGUUGCAUUGAAUUUCCAUCACCAGGGAUUGACUUUUGCUUCUUCUUGGGGACACAAAUAGUGAAAAAGUGACAAACUGCAAAAGUAAAGGUCUCCUGAUCCAGCAUAAAUAAAAUUCAGGACAAAACAAACAAAAAAAGAGAGAUCGAACUUUUCCUGAUUAGAAGAGAAACAUCUUUCGCUGUUCUGUUGCAGGACUCGAACCUUCUCCAACCUGCAGGCGUAUAAUUUUCUAUACUCCGUGCAGGUGUAUUAUAUUUAUGCAUAUAAAUGCUUAUUUCUCUUCGUUUGGAAGAGCUUUUUGUGUUAAACCUAUUCCUGUGACGUCGGUGGCUCUCCUUUGAAGAGGUUGCACUGUACAUGUACAUAGAUGUGUAUGUCUGUAAAUGUUAGACGAGCUCACUGAGGUUCUAUUAUACCGUUUGUAAAUGUUUUAUUAGAACUUUUAUAGACCGGUUGUUUAAAAAAAAAAAAAAAAAAAAAAAAAUAUUGUAAAAGCAAUUAAGAUAACUUUUUUGGUAAAACUUAUACGAAGAAGAAGACUUGAUGGCUACUGCAAAGAUGGAAAACGUAGGCGCUGUUGUAAUGGGACUCAGUAAGCAGAACGGUCAGCCCAGAGGACUGAGCUCUCAAUCCGGACCCGCCGUCCAGAGCAAUCCGUUCGCAAGAGGCCAAAAACCUGCUGCAGACCCGCAGGAAGGACCUGGAAUCAGGUUUGGUGAAGACUGGAAAAAGAGUCUGCAGCUUCCACCCAAAGACACCAGAGUUAAAACUUCAGAUGUGACGUCUACCAAGGGAAAUGAGUUUGAAGACUACUGUUUAAAGAGGGAGUUACUCAUGGGGAUCUUUGAAAUGGGUUGGGAGAAACCUUCUCCGGUCCAGGAGGAGAGCAUCCCCAUCGCUCUCUCGGGUCGUGACAUCCUGGCUCGUGCCAAAAACGGAACAGGGAAGAGUGGAGCGUAUCUGAUCCCCAUGCUGGAGAGGAUAGACCUGAAGAAAGACUACAUCCAGGCCUUAGUAAUGGUGCCCACUCGUGAGCUUGCACUACAGGUCAGCCAGAUCAGCAUUCAGCUCAGUAAGCAUCUCGGUGGAGUCAAAGUCAUGGCCACCACCGGUGGAACAAACCUACGAGACGAUAUCAUGCGUCUGGAUGAAAUCGUGCAUGUUGUCAUCGCUACACCAGGCAGGAUACUGGACCUGAUCAAGAAGGGUGUAGCGAAAGUGGAUAAAGUUCAGAUUAUGGUCAUGGAUGAGGCUGAUAAGCUUCUCUCCCAGGACUUUGUGGUGCUCAUUGAGGAUAUCAUCAGCUUCCUGGACAGGAACAGGCAGAUUUUGCUGUAUUCUGCUACUUUUCCCAUCACUGUGCAGAAAUUCAUGGCGAAGCAUCUAAAAAAGCCUUACGAGAUUAAUCUGAUGGAAGAGCUGACGCUGAAGGGCAUCACGCAGUACUACGCCUAUGUUACUGAGAGGCAGAAGGUGCACUGCCUCAACACACUCUUCUCCAGGCUGCAAAUCAAUCAGUCCAUCAUCUUCUGCAACUCGACUCAGAGGGUGGAGCUUCUGGCUAAGAAGAUUACUCAGCUGGGCUACUCCUGUUUCUACAUCCAUGCCAAGAUGAUGCAGGAGUACAGAAACCGUGUUUUCCAUGACUUCAGAAAUGGGCUGUGUAGAAAUCUGGUCUGCACAGAUUUGUUCACGAGAGGCAUCGACAUCCAGGCGGUGAACGUGGUCAUCAACUUCGACUUUCCCAAGAACGCAGAGACGUAUCUGCAUCGCAUCGGGCGCUCAGGGAGGUUUGGCCAUCUGGGUCUGGCCAUUAACUUGAUCACAGCGGAGGAUCGCUUCAACCUGAAAGCCAUCGAGGACCAGCUGGUGACUGAUAUCAAGCCCAUCCCCAGCAGCAUCGAUAAAAGUCUGUACGUGGCUGAGUUUCACUCAACCAACGACGAGGCAGAGGAGCAGGAACCGGCCGAAGAACCAUAAAGAACCCUAAGGAACCAGCAGAACUGGACAACAGUUACAGCCUGGACAUUCUAGCGGUCAAUCUUUCAGGAUAAUCUGAUGAGAUUUCACCCCAUGCUUCCUGGAGCAUCUCCCACAAGAUGGAUUGGCUGAUGGAGUCUUCCUCUGUAGCUGAAAUAAGCAAGUGAUCCCAAACUUUUCAGCAGUAGUGUAUAUAUACACACAAAAAGAGAACGAUUUAUUGAAGAUGUGAUGUUGCACAUGAUGUACUUUUUUAAGAAUAAGAAAUGUAACUAAAACUGCUUAUAACUGGGUGCAGACAUGUUUGUUUUUCUACCCAUCCUGAGGCAUCCAGAGAUGACCAGCUCCAGCUGGGUUCUGCUUCGUGAGGACUUGAGUAUUCAAAGCAACGAUGCCAACCCUAUGUGGACUUUGAAGACGACAAGAACCUCCUAAUUAAUACAUACACUAACAUUCUACAUACACUGUAUCUGCAUCACACACCUGUCUGUACAUGAUUGUAAAAAGGACGUUGUUGAUAAUCACACUCUCAGAUGUUUAUAAUAAUCUAUCAUCUCACACUGUGGUGUCACCCAAAUGAGGAUGAGGAUCCCUUUUGAGUCUGGUUCCUCUCAGGGUUUCUCCUCACCACAGUCGCCUCAGGCUUGCUCACUAAGGAUGAUUUUGUCAUCUAGGACUUUCUGCACUGUUUUUUAUGUUUCUUAUGUUCUGUAAAGCUGCUCUGAGACAAAGUCCACUGUUAAAAGCGCUGUACAGAUAAAACUGAAUUGAACUGAAUGUAUAUUAUAUGGUAUAUCAAGUUCUACAACAUAAUUAUAUAUUUCCUUAUAGAUUUCCUUAGGAGGUGUCCCAGACUUUAGCACAAAUUUUUGAGCAGCGUUUAUUUAUUUAUUUAGAAAUUUUAGCUUUUUUUUGUUUGUUUUAAGUAAUUUUUUUCUUAUGGUUUGAGUGGAAAAUUUUGUAUUAUUGUGUGUAAUGUUUAUUUUAUACAUGUUUAUGGUUCGUUACAAGGGGUGCCAA